AUGCAAGCAGCUCAAAGAGUUAGACUCAUCAACCAACUUCUUCACAGUUCUCGUAAUGGGAGGGAACAUGUUGGCGAUUUGGUCAUCAAUCAGAGAUUGAAGGUAUCUCGUCUUUUGCCUCUUCUUUUCUUGCAUUUGAUUGUCGAUGGAGCCAAGGCCGCCUUCGCCAAUUUAGUUUUGUGGGGCAGUGUCCCUUAUGUCUUCAAGUAUCGAUAUGUUCUUUCAGGUCAUUUACCAAGAAGUAUUGGAAACUUGACUGAGCUUCAAUUGUUACGUGUUAAUACCAACAACUUGGAAGGUUUGAUACCUGUGGAAGUAGGCAAUCUCCAUAAGCUUGAGAUCUUGGAUUUGUCAUAUAACAAUUUGAGUGGAUCUAUACCAUUGAGAAUUUUUAACAUUUCAACUUUGAAAAUCUUAGAUCUUGAAAGCAACUCUAUAUCAGGUAGUCUUCCAACAAAUUGUGGGAAUCUCACUAGUUUCUUUAAACUGUCUUUGGGAGAAAACAUUUUGACUGGCUCAAUUCCAAAAGCAAUUGGUGACUUACAGUACCUUCAAUAUCUGAAUCUUGAAGGCAAUGAGAUACAUGGCCUAAUCAUUGAUGAGAUAUGUGAAAUCACAAAGCUUGGCUAUUUAUCAUUAAGGAGAAACAACUUCUCGGGAGGAAUGCCACAUUGUUUACAAAUGUUACCUCUUUACGAGAAGUUUACUUGGACUCCAAUAAGCAUCAUCCCAGAAAGUAUGGGUGGCUUGCAAAAUUUGCAAAUUCUCUCUUUAGCACAUAAUGAAUUGCAAGGAUCUAUUCCUAGAUCAUUUGAGAAUUUGUUAAGCUUAAAAAAUUUAGACCUUUCCCAAAAUAAUUUGUCUGGGGGGAUUCCCAAAUCUUUGGAAUUGCUUAUUGAUCUUCAGUAUGUCAAUCUCUCUUAUAACAAACUCCAAGGAGAGAUUCCAAGUGGAGGUGUUUUUAAGAAUUUGACUCUUGAAUCUUUUAUGAUGAAUCAAGCUCUUUGUGGCCAACCACAACUCCAAGUGCCUCCAUGCAAAAAAGAAUCAAGAAAAAGAUCAAUGACAAAAUUGCUUUUAUUGAAAUGCACACUACCCAUAGUUGUGUCAAUAGUUUUGAUUGUCUCAGGCAUUAUUCUUUUAAGACAUAUUAGACAAAAUUCAAAGGGUCAAGUUGAAAAGGACUUGUCAACUUUAGGAGUGCCAAGAAGGAUUUCUUACUUUGAAAUCCUAGAUGCAACCAAUGGAUUUGAUGAGUGUAACAUACUUGGAAGGGGCAGUCAUGGUCCUGUGUUCAAAGGAAAGCUUUCUAGUGGAAUAUUCGUUGCAAUCAAAACCUUCAAUUUUGAUUCCCAAGUAAUGUUAAGGAGCUUUGAAAAAGAAUGUGACAUAAUGCAUAAUGUGCGCCAUCGCAAUUUGGUGAAGGUUAUAAGUUGUUGUUCCAAUGCUGAUUUUAAAUCUUUGGCAAUGGAGUUUAUGCCCAAUGGGAACCUUGAAAAAUGGUUAUAUUCUCACAAUUAUUUUUUAAGCUUUCUUCAAAGAUUGAAUGUAAUGAUAAAUGUAGCAACUGCUUUAGAGUAUUUCCAUUAUGGCUUGUUAACACCAAUUGUUCACUGCGAUUUGAAGCCAAGCAACAUUUUAUUGGAUGAUGAAAUGGUUGCUUAUGUAAGUGACUUUGGAAUUUCCAAACUUUUAGAUAAAGGCGAAUCUAAGACAUAUACAGAGACAAUACCUACUAUUGGCUAUAUUGCACCAGAGUAUGGAUCUUCUGGAAUUAUUACAACAAAAAUAGAUGUGUAUAGUUAUGGAAUUAUGCUGUUGGAGGUGUUUACAAGAAAAAGGCCCACAGAAGAUAUAUUUGUCUCAGGAUUGAGCUUGAAGAGCUGGGUAAGUGAGUCAAUGGCACAUGCAAUAAUUCAAGUGAUGGAUUCCAAUUUAUUGCAAGGAGAUGAACUUCACAUAAAUAAUAUAUUGACAUCUACAUCCUCUAUUCUUGAAUUGGCCUUGAAUUGUUGCACCGUUCUUCCAGAAGCACGUGGCAAUAUGAUUGAUGUUGUAGUAUCAUUGAACAAGAUUAAGGCCAUGUUUAUGCAUAGGCAGGAGCAUCAUGUUUAA